AUGCGUACAAUUGAUGAGUAUUUACAAGAUUAUAUGAUUGCUAUCUAUGAUCUUGAAUUAAAUCCAACUCAAUUAAAUAUGAUCAAAGAAAACUGUGAAAGAUGUACAAUUAUUCCAUUUCCAUUUACUCGAAUCGAAUCUGUGGCUCCUCAUAUUCGAAAUUUACGUAAUUUUGCUUGGAAACCAAUCGUAAUUCAGGAUGCUGUACGACGUUUUGGUUCUAUUAUUUAUGGUGAUACAUCAAUUCGUUAUAAAACAUCAAAAUUUGAUCGUUUACUUAUUGAUAAUCUCAUACGUGGUUUUUCAUGUCGUGAAUUACCUGGACAUUAUCUAUCACAUUUUACUUUUGAUGGAACAUUUUCAUGGUUUAAUGAAACAUCUUCAUCAUUUGAUAAUAUAUAUAUAGCUGAAGCAGGUUUUCUUGUUGUGACAGAUAAUUUUCUAUCACGUCUUAUACUUAAAACAUGGGUUACAUGUGCACUUGAUGAGAAUUGUAUAGCACCAUUAAAAUCAAAAACUCAAUUGACGCUUGGCAUCCGACCAAUAACAAAGCAUCGUUAUGAUCAAUCAGCUAUGGUGACUAUAUUAUCAUUUUAUUUUUUUCCAAGUUUACGUCAAAAUGGUAAAAGUGAUCCAGCACCAUAUGAUAUGUAUACAUCAAUACAAGAAAACCUAGCAAAAGUUGAACGUAAUAGAGCUGAUAAACAUUAUUUUACAAGUAGAAAAAAAUCUUAA